AUGGCGAGCAAGACGUUCAACGUCGGAAUCAUCGGCUACGGCACGUCGGCCAAGGUCUUCCACGUGCCCUUCAUCGCGACGACGCCGCAGCUCAGGCUUCACAGCGUGGUGCAGCGGAGCCCGAGGGCGGGCAGCUCGGCGCGCGAGGACCACCCCGAGGCCCAGCAGCACACCGACGCCGCGCAGCUCCUGGCCGACCCGGACGUGGACGUGGUGGUGGUGACGACGCCGCCCGACAGCCACUUCGCGCUGACCAAGGCGGCGCUCGAGGCGGGCAAGCACGUCCUGACGGAGAAGCCGUUCGUGCCCACGGCCGCCGAGGCCGACGAGCCCAUGGCGCUCGCCGCCCGCCACCGCCGCCUGCUCUGCGUGUACCAGAACCGCCGCUGGGACACGGACUUCCUGCUGGUCCGGCACCUCGUCGCCAGCGGCGCGCUGGGCCGCGUCGUCGAGCUCGACUCGCACUUUGACCGGUACCGCGCGGCGCCGCCCGCCCCCGCGAGCUGGAAGGCCGGGCUGGGCAUCCCCUCGGGCGGCAGCGCCCUGUUCGACCUGGGCACCCACCUCGUCGACCAGGCCUACGUGCUGUUCGGCAUGCCGAGCGCCGUCCACGGCCGCCUGCUGAGCCAGCGCGCCGCCCGGCCCGACCUGUUCAACCCCGACGCCGUCGCCGCCGAGCUGGCCUACCCGGACGGCAAGCUCGUCCGCGUCCGCAUCAGCGCCCUCAGCGCCGAGACGACCCAGCCGCGCUUCUGGCUCCGCGCCACCGGCGGCAGCUUCCGCAAGCGAGGCCUCGACCCCCAGGAGGACCAGCUCAAGGCCGGCAUGGACCCCGCGUCCGCCGCGCUCGGCCGCGAGGACCCCGGCAACAUGCGCCUCGUGCUCGCCCGCCCCGACGGCACCCUGGCCGAGGAAAAGGUGCCCGAGCUGGAGCCCGAGACGUACAGGGCCUUUUAUGCCGCCUUUGCGAGGGCCCUCGAGGCCGGCGACGACGCCCUCGUCCCCGUCAAGGCGUCCGAGGCGAGGGACGUGCUGCGCAUCCUCGAGGCCGUGGUGGAGAGCGCCAGGACGGGCAGGGACGUUGUGUUUUCCUGA